CUGCUUCAGCUCCUACCCAAGGUCCCACCAGUGCUGGGGGUGCCGGGCUGCCUUCUGCUGGCGGUGGGCAAAGUCACAAACGGAUGCAGCAGACACAAGCCCAGGUGGAUGAGGUGGUAGGCAUCAUAAGAAUGAACGUGGACAAGGUACUAGAAAGAGACCAGAAGCUGUCGGAGCUCGACAACCGGGCAGAUGCUUUGCAAGCUGGUGCCUCGCAGUUUGAAACCAGUGCAGCCAAGCUGAAGAGGAAAUACUGGUGGAAAAAUUGCAAGAUGAUGAUCAUCCUUGGUGUAGUAUGCGCAGUCAUUCUCAUUAUAAUUAUAAUUCAUUUCUCCACCUGAGAAAGCGAAGAGGGAAGACCUGGCACAGCUUKGUUCUUAUCAACCAACGAUAUCAGUGUUCCUUUGUUGAACUCCGCUUUUUAAUUCCUGGUGUCUUGGGAUUUUUGCUUGUAAUGACCCAUAAGCAUUCGAUGUGGUGUGGUUUGGAAUUCUGUUGUUCCCGUAAGAUACUGUACCAGCUAAAURCUGCCAAGUAGUUCCGUACACUGUCUUAGCACUGUGUCUUAAAAUGUGUCUGCACUGACCUUCAGAAACUAGUACAUGGAAAGAUCCUAAGUGUCUCGGAGUCAGGAAGUGCAGCUGUGGGGAAGCUCCUGCUGAAAGGGACUGACAGGUGGAUGAGACCCAAAAGAGCAAGGAUUAGAGCCCAAAUUCUCAGUGUGAGCAGCUGCAGUUAGGUGUCAAAGUCCACUGUCAGAUGGAUUUGUUUCUUUGGGCUGGUGUGUCCUUGCUACUCUCAUUGAAGAAGUGUGGUACCUGCAACUAUUCAUAAAAAGUGUAAAAUAUCUAAUCUCUGCUUGCCAAUCAAACAUAGCUUUUGAGAUUAGUUGCAGUAUUCAAGCGUAAAAUCCUUGCUGGCAGAAAAGAGAUAGGGCUGUUUUCUCUGAAUUGGAAUUUCACUUGUGGACUGUUCUGAAGAAAGAAGGCCUCAGGGUGAAGGCCUUGGUGGGACAACCAAGGAAGCGUUGGCUAGCAGAGGU